AUGCGCAAGAACUUCACACAUCCAACUCGCGGCCGCUCAAAGCCCUGUCCAACCGGCGGCAUCGUCAUCGCUACUCGCCAGAUUACCACGACCAUGCAGGACAGCGCCAUACUCUCCCCUUCGAACGGCGCAAAGUCAUCAUCGGGAGCAUUGCGCCACUUCCCACAACCAAUCAACACCUCCAGGAACCUCCCACAGCUUCCCAAAGUGCCUUUCCCCAACUUGACCUUGACCCUCGCCCUCAUCUAUGUCGAUCGGCUAAAGGCUAAAAACCCAGAGGCCAAGGGCGAGCAAGGAUGUUCUCAUCGUCUCUUCUUGAUUGCAUUCAUCAUUGCAGCAAAAUACCGUUGUAGUGUCGCUCUUUCGCCACCUCUUCAUUCUCAGGAAUCAGAAUCAGAGAACAGUCUGUAUUACGAUCCACCAGUCGUGCCAGAGGAGGAGGACGAGGAACAAACGUCAUUGGAGUCGAGACUGAACUCGGAGUUGAUUUUCUCGAACCAUGCGUGGGUUCGUCUGCUAAACCUAGGAUCAUUCGCAAGGACCCCCGCCACACCUACGUCAGCAGGAUCUAGGAACAUGGGAAACUGCGGUGGACAGACCCUUCCUAUUUCGUCUUCGUCGGGAGGGCAGCAUCAGCAUCAACAGCAGGCUUCGUCCCCUCAUAUGUCGUCAUCCGUCCCGCCAUCGCCUCAAGUAAGCGAGACUUCGACCAUGGCCUCCAACACCCCUGUCCCAACCACACCCACCCAAGGACAAACGCCCACUCACGCCCAAACCCAACCACAACAACUCCAAAGCCUCUCCUACAUAAUGCAUUCAGUCACACAAAGCUCCUCGUCCUCGUCUUCGUCGGCGAACGCCGCGGGGUCUGUGUUGCAGGUUGAGGAUCUGGACCGGAUGGAGGCCGAGUUUUUGACGUUUUUGAACUUUGAUCUGGCGACGAUGAGCCAUGACCUUGAGACUUGCUGGAACCUUCUUGUUGGCAAGAAGGACGCCUGA